ACUUUGUUGCCGCCAUUUCACGUGAAAGCAGCGCGCGGCCGAGACGACAACUAGUGCCAAACAAUCAACAAAAUCAGCUACAUUUUGAACCGAAAACGCCAACGGAGGAUUUGCAAACUAACCGUAGUCGUUUAGUUAACGGUACGGGCCAACGGGUUUUGACUCUAACCGCCCGGCUGUGCUAGAAGGCGAAGAAAAUGAACUACGGCAGGGCGCCGCCGGACGUUGAGGGGAUGACCUCCCUCAAAGUGGAUAACCUGACUUACCGGACUUCUCCGGAGACUCUGCGCCGAGUCUUUGAGAAGUACGGCCGUGUGGGUGAUGUGUACAUCCCCCGGGACAGGUACACCAAGGAGAGCCGCGGAUUCGCCUUCGUGCGGUUCCUCGACAAGCGUGACGCCGAGGACGCCAUGGACGCUAUGGACGGCGCGCUGCUCGACGGACGGGAGCUUCGGGUGCAGAUGGCCCGCUACGGUCGACCCCCGGACUCCAUGUACAGCCGGAGAGGAGCUCCGCCGCGCAGAUACGGAGGAGGGUACGGUGGACGAAGAAGCAGGAGCCGUUCAGCCAGUCCCCGUCGCCGCAGACGAAGCAGAAGCCGCUCCAGGAGCAGAAGCCGUUCCCGAUCCAGAAGCCGCCACCACUACAGCCGCUCCAGGUCUCGCUCCGACUCCAGAUCGAGGUCAAGGUCCAGAUCCAAGUCCAAAUCCAAGUCCAAGUCCAAAUCCAAGUCCAGGACCCCUAGACGAAGCAAGUCAAAGUCUCCCUCCAGGUCUCGGUCCUCCAAGUCAAGGAGCCGAACCCCGCCUUCCAACAGAGGGUCCAAGUCCAGGUCUCGCUCCAAAUCCAAGAGUAGGCCUAAAUCUCCAGAGGGCAAUGAAGCAGAGACAUAAUCCAGACGUGGACACGACAUGACGCUGCGGAGUCCUGUUUGCAAAGAGAGGAGGAGAAGGAGGAGGAGAUGGGGGUGUGGCAGUGUGAGAGCAGUUAGUGUGUGACCCGCCCAUGUGACCUGCCUGUUUGCUGAGAGCGAUGGCAGUUGCUAAGGAGCAGGUCACCAAGGCAACGGUGGUUGCUAUGGAGCAGGUCGUCAUGGCGGUGGUUCGGGCUGUCAGUUGGUGUAUGAGGUGGUGUGGUGAGGUACGUUCGCGGGGAUCACAGGCAGAUGCACUGAGCACUGCACCCACCUGUGCCUGUGGGUUCCUCCGCCUCUCACAAAGGGAACCGAGGUUUGUUUUUCAAAUUCGCCCGAGUGUAAGAGUCUUGUUAGAGCUAGUUUAUUUUUGGGGAGAGGGGGGGGUCCAAGAAAGGAGUAAACAAAUGUGAACAUUAUUAGAAAUGUUAGGUAAAAUACAUGGAGAUGGAUGAUUUUUGUAAUUGUUAGUGGAAAGAAGAUGAAAGCAUUUUGAAUAUCAGCUGCAGGUUUUGACAUCGCCGUCUCGUUUUGCCGUGUUUAACUCCGCUCUGUCUUUCCUUCCAGAUCUCAGAUGAUUGAGCCUUUGCUGAGGACAUCAGGAAGAGUCUCACAUUGAGCAAGUGGACUCCACUAUUACCACUGAAUGCAGACUGAAAGGUUAUUGGAACUUGGUCUAAAAUGUUUUAAAUUUGACUUAAUUUACACAUUCUGUAACUUUGACAUGGUCACUGUUUGUAAAUUUGAGCGGUUUGAAAGGGAUUUGUUAGGUGUUUUUUUUCCCCCCUCAUUUACACAUUUGUACUUCAAUAAUUUUUUUAAAAAUUAAUAUAGAUUUCAUUUAUUGAAAUCUCUUGUUUAAUUCUAGAUGGAUAUGAAUGAGUUUUAUUUGCAGGCAGUCAUGUUGGAUGUUGAAAGCCUUUACAGCUAUGUUAUACCACUCUGAAAAUAAAAAAAAAGGCUUACUGUACAGUGACAUAAAAGCAAAACGUUAAACUAUAGCUGUGCCGCUUAAUUUGCAAUUUGCUAAUUGGCAGCAUACAUGUUCUUUUUCUGUCACGUCUCUAUUUUCUGUCUGGUAAAAGUUGCUUUCCUAUGACUCUAACCCUCUUUCUUGUGUAUCUUUUGUGCACUAGGCGCAGUUGUGUAGCAGUUGAGUAAUGCUGGUUAGCUGUUAAGAUGCGGUGCAGUGCGGUGGUGACAUGGUGUGGCGUGUUGCGGUGCUGAGUGCCCGGCGCUGUUCCGGGGCUCGACCCUCCGCUGCUGUUUGCCGGUUUGUAAGCUCACAGGUGUGGCAGAUCAUCCAUCCUCUCCUGUCUUGUGAACUCUCCCUCUCUCCAUGUGCUGUACAGAUUCUCUCCUCUCCCUCCUUUUCUCUGUAUCCUCCCUCCUCUCCCUUUU